GGUAUACAACCUGUAGAAAUGAUGAUACUACUCUACAUGAUUUCACCCUGACUUCAUUAGAUGGAACCCAGAAUAUAUCCCUAUCUACAUAUCAGGGGAAGGCUGUUCUGAUGGUAAAUGUAGCGACCUACUGAGGUAUGGCUAGGCAGUAUCCGGACUUUAAUGCACUAAAAGAGUCCUUCAACGGCCUAGUUGAUGUUAUUGGUAUUCCAUGUACUCAGUUUCUAAAUCAAGAGCCCGGUACUCCUGAGGAGAUCAUGAAUGCUCUUGAACAUGUUCGACCUGGAAAUGGUUUUAUGCCAAAUUUUCAGCUCUUCCAGAAGUCGGAGAUCAACGGGAUUAAUAGAAUCCCUCUGUAUCAAUGGGCUUUGGGUCUGUGUGAUACUCCAGAUAUGGCAUUUAGUGAUAAAUCCUAUCUUCUCUACGGUCCUCUCAACUCCAAUGAUAUCAGAUGGAACUUCGAGAAGAUUUUGUUUGACAAGAAUGGAAACCCUGUGAAACGUUACACCCCGUCAACUGAGGUUGUGGAGAUUAUCCCAGACAUAGAGGAACUUCUUGGAGAGAAGGCAAACUGGAUUUUUUAAACAGGAUCUAAGGAUGAGUUUUGAAUGAUGCAUCUGCUGGCAAUAUGAAGAACUGUCUCUAAGCUCUAUGGCGAGAUGGUUCUGAUGAGUUAAAGAGGAGAGGAGGACUGUGCAUUGAACUCUGCUUCUCUAAGACUUGCUUCUGCAUGUGCAUUUAUAAUCAAUAUUUUUCUAGAUUUAAUAAAUAAUGAUAAACAAAAAUUUAA